CAUCAGCACGUUGGGUUCAAUAACUUGUAUCUUGCGAGGAUAGUAUAAUAGCCACCUUGAUAUCAGCAACAAAAGAGGUGAAUGUAAUUGCUGCUAACAUACAUUCUGCAUGACAAUUGCGCUUACAGGUGUUUCGAGGGGUUUCUUUCGGUUUAUAAUAUGGUGUUCAUAUUGUUAUUCUUCCCGUUUUUUGAUACUUGAAAUUAGAAUCACCUGCUGCUUGGCUUGAACUCUUUAACCUCAUCUCUUGAUGCUUUGAGUUCAACCCAUCAAAUUGUCUGACUGCUAGACUGAUUGGAACAUGUACAUGCGUCCCAUCGACUAUUUAAUUGACUAUUCUAGGUUGAGCUGUCAUUUUUCUUCUUUGCCUAAUCUUUUGCCAUAUCGAAGCCAUAGGCUGUCUAACCCAAACCCCCUAAAAACAUGGUCAGAAAGUUCCCCUUAUCUCUGUGUGUUUGUUAGGCGUUAACUAAAAGGCCAGUUAUGGGUCUUCUCUAUUCAUAUUGUGGGGUGUGAUUAACUGACACGGAAUAAGCAGGUUAGUAUUUUUAUCGAAUAUGAAGCUUUAUCAGGUGAGAUUUUAGAUUUGUGCACGACGUAAAGGCUAUGAGUUCUGAUGCCCUAUUCAUGCGUUCGCCAUGUGGUAAGUUGUCCUGUAUAAAUAGUUAAGCUCGAUUUUGCAGGUUAUAGCUUUGAUGAGCAUGACCGUGAUUCAGUUAAAUUAAGGUUGCAAUUUGCUCGCUACCCUGGUGCAAGAGGUGGCGGGCCUCGUGGCAAGCGUUAAAUUAUGCCGUUAGCAGGAUUUGCGCAAAUUUGGGAGGUUAUAUGAUAAUGAGGGGCGAUACAACAACAUCGUCGUUGCGAGAUGCUUUCAUUUGAGUGAACCUUGAAUUGUGUUUUCCAAUUAAUUAUGACAGUUGCUUGAUAUUUCGAGAGUGUCACUUUUACGCUGGGAGUGUUGUGAACUGUAUUUGCUUUAAAUUAAACACUUUCUAUAUAUGCAUUGCACUUAAUUAUGCUAAACUCGUCUGUCAAUUAAUUAUGAGUCAUUAUGUUGAAAUACAUGUUAGACAAUGGAUACUUAAUUGAAGUGCAUAUCAUUGAAAGAGACACAAUUAUCAUCUCUGUGCCCAUCUUGCCCACAAUUUCUAUUUUUCACGCCUAUGAUAGACAUGUCCUUGAUUCCUGAAAGUAUAAAAAUUAGAAGGGUAUCUCUUAUGUGUAAUUGUUUUGACAAUUUCUUGAAAUUGCAGUGCAGUUGUGCACUUAGUAGCUCAGGACAGGUAUUUGGGAGAUGCAAUUAUGAAACUAGUGUCUAUGAGCCUGGAGUUUUGAGUUAUACGUAUUGCCAGACUUUAUUAACAACAGAUAUAGGUGAAAAGCCUUGAACUAUUAUUGUCUAGAUUUUCAUUUUCAUUUUGUCUGUUGCAGCCUGGAGCAAAUGUUCUUCACCUGUGUAGACAGAUAAUUUUCUAAAGCAUAUGGUAAACAAUGAGGCUGUACAUAUAGGUUUUUAUCUUUUGAGCAUGAUGCUGAUCUUUUUUCUAUAAUGCAUAAGAUUUGUAUGUGGGAAGGGUUUUGCCAGGUACCCUGUUAGGAAGGAAACACCACUCAUCAUAUGAAGGCUGCUUCUCUCAAUAAGGGGUACAAUACAAUGAAGCAAAAAACUACCAUCCCAUGCUUGUACUAAGUUUUGCAGUGGAAAAGUCUUCUAGUGAAGUUAUGGUUUGACAACUGAUUGGAACAAAUUAGUUGAAUUUGACAUUCUGAAAAUUAUACUGGUUAAUGCAAGUGUUUUACAUGCUUUUUUACUACAAGAGAUUGAGUUAAUACUGUUAAUCACAUUGCUUGCCCAUCUUUUUUCAUGAAUGUUUGGAAUGCUAAUUUACUUCUGGUAGUUUAGUAACUGCCCAUCUUUUUUCAUGAACGUUUGGAAUGAUUCCUUGGAGAGAGGUGUUUGAUGAAUCUGAACUUGGAAGGCAUACUUCUUUGGACAUUCAUCCUGCACUCUUCAAAGAUCCUUCUUGGUAAUGUGAAGUUCCAUGUUACCUCAUCCUCGUGAAAGUUCGGAGUUUGGACAAGGAAUGCUUCUUUUCUCUGCCUCGUGGCAUGCAUAACUCUAAU